UGUUGUCUGCCUUGCUCGUCUUGUCACCUUGUUUCCUUUGGAAUUUGGAUUUCUGUUGGGAUUAUCUUGUUUUUUGGACUCUGCUACCAGCCACUCUGUCAAAAUUCCAAUGAAAAAAGAUGAACACCUUGACCGUGCAGCAAGAAGCUGGUGGGUCACUUCUCUCACAGCUGGAAGGCCAGAUGUGCUCUUGAAAAAGCCCAGAAGGAACUCAAUAUACUAUCACAUCCCCUUGUAUCAGAAUGCCUAACAAGAUGGGGUUCCAGGCAGAUGAUGAUCAGCAGGAUGCUGCAGCAGCAGAAGGCUUUAACUCAGGUCCUCUCUGCGGACAAGAAGGCGCGGCAUCUAAUUCCAACCUGGAAAGAUAUAGAUGUCCUGGAAUCUGUCAGCAAGUCACUGGGCCAACUGCUGAAUUUCACCGAUGCACUUUCAGGGGUAGACUACGUUAGUGUCUCCUGUGUGAAGCCAGUUCUUCACCUCUUCAACACUUCAAUCCUGCUAAUGCAAGAGGAAGACACAGACCUGACCAAGAAGCUGAAGAACGAGAUGUUAGACUACAUCAACGUGAAAUAUGAAGAUGAAUCUACUCAGGAGCUGCUAGACAUGACCUCUUGUUUGGACCCCCGGUUCAAGAUGGAUGUCAUCAAUGCAGAUAACAAGGCCCAAGUCACGGCCAGAGUGGCAUCAGAGAUGAUGGGAUGCCAGGAGACACCAAGCUGGAGCACUGAAGUUGAGCCAAAAGAUCCUGACACAUCACAGACAAAGAAAGCCAAGAAGUCCUUGGGAAGUUUCUUUAAACAAAGUGGAGCUGCAGUAAAGGGUGAUUCCUCUCUGACCCUUAAGAAUGCUGUGGAAGCAGAGUUAAACAACUACCUGCUGACACGUUUCAUAGAAAGAGGAAGAUCCACUUGCAUGGUAGAAAACUCACAGCUAGCUUUCCACGACUUGCCAAGCUUGCCCGCAAGUAUCUGUGCAUUCCUGCUACAAGCUCCCCCUCAGAGAGGAUUUUCAGUGCAAGUGGCAACAUCAUCACUUGUCAACGCUCUUGUCUCAAGCCUGCAAUGGUGGACAGACUGGUAUUCUUGGCAAAAAACCUCAGCUUGAAUGAGCAAUGCAUACAGAUGCUUAAGAGAAAGUGAAAUGACAGUUAACACUUGUUUAGCUGCUAGGAAAGCAGAUUAUCUUUGUUUGAACAAUGUACCCAACACUUUUCCCUUUGUUGCUAAGAAAAGUUGAUUUAAAAAUAGUUUGUGAAAAAAAUGGUUUUAUAUUGAUAUUUGAUAUUUAUUAGUUGAUACUGUUAUUUAUUGCAGUAAAAUAUAUAUUUAUCU